GGCAGGCCCCCAGGUUUCAUCACAAAGCCAACAAAUCACUUUCGAACUGCACUUUGCUGUUCUCUGAAUCGGUUGGAGCAUUCAGUCGGAACACUAACAAUAAUAAAGGAAAGGAAAGGACAGGGUUUUUGUAGACGGUGAAAUUGCUGUUUCCUUGAUGGUUGAAAUGGGGAGACAGUGCAGCGGCAUGGACAACUUUAGUAGAUUGCCUGAUGAACUUGUUUUGCGCAUUAUCUCAUUACUUCCUAUGAAGGAUGCUGUGCUACUGCUACUGCCACCUAGUUUAUUUACUUGUGAGACAUUGGUGGUUCUGAAGUUGAGUGUUUACUCUGAGUUUGGGCAGGACGUUUCUGAUGAGUUGAGUUUAAAAGUCCCUGCCAAUGUUUGCCUCCCUAGUCUUAAGGUUCUUCACCUUGUAGAUUCUACCUUUUCAGAUGAUUGCUGUAAAAGGCUAUUUUCUAACUGCCCUGUUCUUGAGGAUUUAAAGUGCAGUUUCAAGGAAAGUAACUGGAAAUUCAUUGUUUGUAAUCCUACGCUUAAGAGGCUGACCAUAACUUCUACUGAGUACCAUGAUGGCAGAUCUGAGAUUGUGGUCAAUACGCCUGGUCUUGACUACUUGGAGUUGUCUGUUUGGGAUGUAUACUCUUGUACGUUUCUGAAUGUCCAGGCUCUUGCCAAAGCCAAUAUUCACUUUCUAUAUAAUGAAUGGGAGGAUUAUGACAAGACUUAUAUAAAUGCUUUAGCUAAUCUGAUGAAAGCCAUAAGCAACAUCCAGACACUUCGUAUAUCUGGUUCAACUCUAUAUGAAUUUAGUUGUAUUGACAUUCCAAUCCCUAGGUUUAACAAUGUCACUCAUUUGACAAUUGCUUCUUGCAAAGAAUGUGGCUUUCCAGAACUACAAUAUAUACUUGCAUGUUGUGAGUCAUUAGAAACCCUUGUUUUGGAGGAUGGUUUAGGGUGUCAAUGGGACUCAGGAGAGGGAACUAUUUCUUGGUCAUCCUCGCAAGAGGAAGAUGAAUUCAUUCGUUUGUCAUUUUGCAUGAAGAAAAUUGUAUUUUUAUGGUUUGAAGGCAGUGAAGUUGAAAUUGAACUAGCAAAGUAUUUUCUUCAAAGUGCAGAAGUUCUAGAAAGCAUGGAAAUUCAUAUCAAGGCAGGAUACCAAGAUCAAUUGGAGAUCACCAAAGAGGAGUUACAAAGGUUACCAAGAGCUUCAAAUGAAUGCAUUGUUGACAUUGUUUAGGUUUCUCCGUCUUUCUUGUAUGUUGAAUUGUCUGUUGUUAUUUCAGUUAGUCACAACUCAUUUAUAAGAGAUGUUGUCAUUCCCUUCUUCUGGAUGCAUAUGGAUUGUUUUGACAGUACUGCUUUAUGUUCUAUCUACUUGUACCUAUUUUUUGAAUUAUAUGCUGUUCAAAACUAUCCUUAUAUUGAUAAAAAUUAGUUUUAAGG